AAUCAAGUCAUAAUUGUCGUUGAAUUUUCAAGUGGCAGAAAAGCGUCAUUAACUAAAGAACAUAAUGACCAUGUUAAAUUAUGUCGAAAUGCGAUGAGGACUUUAAAUGCCGUAUUACAAACCAUACCUAGGGAGAAGGCGCGAAUUUACUUGGUACAAUUUGUUAACAGCUAUCUCAAAAUUGAAUAUAUGAUCCGUCCCUUACCAUCAGUCUAUCUUAACUGUUUUAUGUGCACCAAAGUGCCCGAGACCUUUGAUGAUUUCGAAAAAUUUUCUAAAGAUAUGGCUGAACUAAUUAAUUGGCAGGAAAUCAACAAAAUUCCUUACAUAGCUGGAAACAAUAAUGUCUGCACAACUCCAUUAGAAGAUACACCGAAAAAGGAUAAAAAAGUCAUAAAGAAGGCCAACGAUUCAUAUCCAGGAUCACCAUGUCCAGGAUCACCGAGCUCGCCAUUGAUAUAA